AAGAAGCAUUCCAGCACAUACGAUGACAUGGCUGAUGCGAUCACGUGGCACUUGUCUCCUUUAGCGGUGGCUGGCAACCGGGUUACACAUACGUACCCUAUCGCGGUUUAUUCUGGUCCUCUGUUUUAACGCGCAGGUACCGGCGGACGGCCAUCUUUCGCAGGUCUUAGAGUCGGACGUUGGCCAGCUCGCCAUCUUCGGAAUGCCGUACAUGUCUUCGUGAUUGAGUCUAUGGUUCACCAUGCGUUCUUCCGCUCUUCGCAUUUAGCUCGAGCAUAUGUGGACCUCCCCAUCGUCUCGCUGGCCAUCCUGGGCCAUAACGACUCACACCUCACACCCGGGCUAUCUAAGAUAUAAGAUCUCUCCUGUCCUUGGCGCUCCUGCUCUCUUCGCCCUCACCCAGCUCCGGUCGCUCAGCCGCCGCCCCCUCGUCCUCGUCGACCCGCGGUUCCACUCGUGCCACUCGUGCACGCCAGCCAGGCAGCCAUCAUGCAGACUAUCUUUGCGCUCAUCGUUAGCCUCGUCUUCGCCUCUGCUGCGCUUGCGCUCCCCACGAGCACCGAGCGCUACGCUGCCCGUGCCGCCGCCCGCCGCUCGGGCCGCACGUCGAAUCUCAUCCAGACGGUCGAGAUCGGGGGUCUCGAGGCCAAGGACAUCUCCCACGCGUCCUACUCGACGAACUGGGCCGGUGCCAUCCAGUCUCGGGAUGCUAACACCUUCACGGCUGUGACGGGCACCUUCACCGUCCCGAGCCCCACAGGCAACGACGGCUCCGCCUCCGCCUGGGUCGGCAUCGACGGCGCCUCGUGCGCCAGCGCCAUCAUCCAGACCGGCGUCGACUUCACCCUCACCGACGGCCAGAUCUCGUACAACGCCUGGUACGAAUGGUUCCCCGCGUCCGCCGCCGACUUCGCCAACCUGCACAUCUCCCCCGGCGACAUCCUCGUGCUCACCGUCUCAGCCGACACCCCGAGCGCGGGCAGCGCCGUGAUCGAGAACACGACGACGGGGCAGACGGUCAUGCAGCAGCUCACAUCCCCCUCUUCCUCUUCCUCUUCCUCUUCCUCUUCCUCCUCCUCUACGUCCUCCGGGGUGGUGACACUGUGCGGCCAGGACGCAGAGUGGAUCGUCGAGGACUUCGAGGUUGACGGCGGUCUCGUUCCCUUCGCGGAUUUUGGCUCUGUCUCGUUCACUAAAGCGUCCGCCACGACGACGGCGGCUGCGGGCGGGCAGCCGGUCACGGCAGCCGGCGCAAGUGUCAGCGAUGUUCAGCAGGACGGGCGGACGCUCACGACGACGACGAUUGACGGGAACGAUGUCGUGAUUGCAUAUGCGUAAGAUGUGUGCGCGUAGCUGCCGGGAUGUUAAAUUUAAGCACUAUGUAUUGGUUCGUUUUCACGAGUACGUCGGUUGUGUCGGGUACAUCUUUGCUUGGGUAUACUGGGGACUGUAAAAUUGAUCAUAGGAA